CUUGAGCCAGUUUGGGAGCCUGGGUGAGUGGGUGACAGGUCGCUCCUGACUGGGAAGGUUGCUCAGCAAGUCAGGAUUGGGUUUCAGAUUGGAAGGACCAUGCAGAGCCAGAAGAAGGCAGAACAGUGCCCAGAGCUGCUUCCCUGGACCUGAGCUAGAACCCAGAGUUUUCAGACCCUGCCUGAUCACUGCUACAGGAUGGACUCUAGCCCUGUUGGGAUACCCAGUCCACAGCUCUCCAGAGCCAAUGGGAACAUCAACCUGGGGCCUUCAGCCAACCCAAAUGCCCGGCCCACGGACUUUGACUUCCUUAAAGUCAUUGGCAAAGGGAAUUAUGGGAAGGUGCUACUGGCCAAGCGCAAGUCCGAUGGGACGUUCUAUGCAGUGAAGGUACUGCAGAAAAAGUCCAUCUUAAAGAAGAAAGAGCAGAGCCACAUCAUGGCAGAGCGCAGCGUGCUUCUGAAGAACGUGCAGCACCCCUUUCUUGUGGGCCUGCGUUACUCCUUCCAGACUCCUGAGAAGCUCUACUUUGUGCUCGACUAUGUCAACGGGGGAGAGCUCUUCUUCCACCUGCAGCGGGAGCGCCGGUUCCUGGAGCCCCGAGCCCGAUUCUACACUGCUGAGGUGGCCAGUGCCAUUGGCUACCUGCAUUCCCUCAACAUCAUUUACAGGGACCUGAAACCAGAGAACAUUCUCUUGGACUGCCAGGGACAUGUGGUGCUGACAGAUUUUGGCCUCUGCAAGGAAGGUGUAGAGCCCAAAGAGACCACGUCCACGUUCUGUGGCACCCCAGAGUACUUGGCUCCUGAAGUGCUCCGGAAAGAGCCAUAUGACCAUGCAGUGGACUGGUGGUGCUUGGGGGCCGUUCUCUAUGAGAUGUUACAUGGCCUGCCACCCUUCUACUGCCAAGAUGUGUCCCAGAUGUAUGAGAACAUUCUGCAUCAGCCGCUUCAGAUCCCUGGGGGCCGGACAGUGGCUGCCUGCGACCUUCUGCAAGGCCUUCUCCACAAGGACCAGAGGCAGCGACUAGGCUCCAAAACAGACUUUCUUGAGAUUAAGAACCAUGUAUUCUUCAGCCCCAUAAACUGGGAUGACUUGUAUCAUAAGAGGCUAAUUCCACCCUUCAACCCAAACGUGACAGGACCUGCUGACUUGAAACACUUUGACCCGGAGUUCACCCAGGAAGUUGUGUCCAAGUCGAUUGGCUGCACCCCUGACACUAUGGCCAGCAGUUCUGGGGCCUCGAGCGCAUUCCUGGGAUUUUCUUAUGCACCGGAAGAUGAUGACCUCUUGGACUGCUAGAAGAGAAGCACCUCUGACACUACUGAGGCCAGCUGGUAUUAGGAAGGAGUUACUUUCAGGUGCUAGGAACAGACUCAAAGAAACAGUGGCUUAAAUGAGAAACAGGUUUGUUUUUUUCCAUCACAUACAGGAAUAGUGUUAGGUGGUCCAGGUCUGGUACAACAGAGCAUCAGACCCUUAGAGGCUUUCUGUAUGUCUGCUCUGCCAUCCAUGGCAAAUGGCUUCCAAUAUCAGGGUUGCUACAUUUUCACAGGAUGGGUACUGGAGCUCUGGCUACAUUUGUGUUCUGGGCAGGGAAGGAGAAAAGGGGGAACAAGUAAAAGGGUGUAUUUAAGGAGCUUUCCCAAAAGCGCCACCCAAUGACUUCUGUAUACAUCUCACUAACCACCCACCCCUACCUGGAACAGAGGCUAGGACAUGUGGCUGUCAUUUACUGGGCACAUGACUACCCCUAAUUACAAAGGGGUUCUGACACGAAGGGAGAUGGAAGAAUGCUGGGUACGCAGUCAGCACUCUUUACCAGAGGGUCUCUUGGUAUUUGGAUUUUGAUCUAAUCACAAAGAUGGAAUGAGCUUAUACGGUAU